GUGGUCAUUUUUUCUACCAGAGUUGUACGUGUCGUCGGGGUCGGUAGUGUUCUUAUUUCCAACAAUUUUUAAGACCAAUCAGAAUUAUAUUUUGCUAACUAGAAAAUACCAUACCCAUCCCAUUUGGCAUAACUUUUGAUUUAUCAAAAUUUUUCGUUUUAUUUUUUCUCAAAGCAUCAAAAUUAGUUUUGUGAAAAACUUGAUGUGCGCGAGCUGAUGGUGCUGUGUGUGUAGAAAAAGAGGAAAAAUCAGAAAAGCAUAAAAAAGAAGUGACGGAAUUUUUCCAAAAAUAAGUUAUCGUUCGGCUUUGCCAGCCUGCCGUGAAUCAUAAAACAAACAACUAAACAGCACUAAAGCACUAAUAUCAGUGUUUAAUUUUGGGGCGGUACAAAAAAGUUCAGCGCUAUCAGAAAAAAAAAAAUCAAGUCAACGAAAAAAUUUGAAAAUUCUUGAGAAGUUAUUUAUUGUGUGUGUUCGGAAGCAAGGAAGAUAAGAAGACAGAUAUUGCAAAAUGUUUAGUUUUUUGAAACGUGAAAAGAACAACCAAGAGGUGGUGGAGAAUGUCAUUGGCGAGCUGAAGAAGAUCUACAAAAGCAAAUUGCUGCCCCUGGAGGAGCAUUACCAGUUCCAUGACUUCCACUCACCCAAACUGGAGGAUCCUGAUUUCGAUGCCAAGCCCAUGAUUCUGUUGGUUGGCCAAUACUCAACAGGUAAAACCACUUUCAUUCGUUACUUGUUGGAACGUGAUUUCCCUGGUAUUCGCAUUGGCCCCGAACCCACCACCGACCGCUUUAUUGCUGUCAUGCACGACGACAAGGAGGGUGUUAUCCCCGGUAAUGCCUUGGUAGUUGAUCCCAAAAAACAAUUCCGUCCCCUGAGCAAAUACGGCAAUGCCUUCCUCAAUCGUUUCCAAUGCUCAUCGGUCAAUUCGCCAGUAUUGCAGGCCAUUUCCAUUGUUGAUACCCCCGGUAUUUUGUCGGGUGAGAAGCAACGCAUUGACCGUGGCUACGAUUUCACUGGUGUCUUGGAAUGGUUUGCCGAACGUGUAGAUCGUAUUAUUCUGUUGUUCGAUGCCCACAAAUUGGAUAUUUCCGAUGAAUUCCGCCGUUCCAUUGAGGCUCUGAAGGGUCAUGACGACAAGAUUCGCAUUAUCCUCAACAAGGCCGAUAUGGUUGACCACCAACAGCUGAUGCGUGUCUAUGGUGCUCUUAUGUGGUCUUUGGGCAAGGUAUUGCAAACACCUGAGGUGGCCCGUGUCUACAUCGGUUCGUUCUGGGAUCAACCUUUGCGUUUCGAUGCCAAUCGUCGCCUAUUUGAAGAUGAAGAGCAGGAUCUCUUCCGCGACUUGCAGUCACUGCCACGCAAUGCUGCCUUGCGUAAACUUAACGAUUUGAUUAAACGUGCCCGCCUCGCCAAGGUACAUGCCUUCAUUAUUUCGGAGCUGCGCAAGGAUAUGCCAUCCGUUUUCGGCAAGGAUAGCAAAAAGAAAGAUUUGAUUAAGAAUUUGGGUCAAGUCUACGAUCGUAUUCAACGUGAACAUUCGAUUUCACCUGGUGACUUCCCCGACAUUAAGAAGAUGCAGGAGGUUCUGCAACAUCAAGACUUUACCAAAUUCCAUUCGUUGAAACCCCACCUUUUGGACAUUGUUGAUAAUAUGUUGGCCAAGGAUAUUGCCAAGCUGAUCGAGAUGAUACCACAAGAAGAGAUGACAAUGGUUUCGGAGCCCAUGGUUAAGGGUGGUGCCUUUGAGGGUGUUAUCGAUGACAAUGUCUCACCAUUCGGCUACAUGAAGGGCGAGGGCAUUGAUGCCGGCUAUGGUGAACAUGAUUGGAUUUGUAAUAGAGAUAAGGAACGCACAGAUGCUAUUUUCACUAAACUUGGACCCGUUGAUGGCAAGAUUUCUGGUCAAGCUGCCAAACAAGAACUUAUCAAAUCGAAAUUACCCAAUUCAGUGCUUAGUAAAAUUUGGAAACUUUCCGAUGUGGAUGGUGAUGGUUUCCUGGAUUCGGAUGAAUUUGCCUUGGCCUUACAUUUAAUCAAUGUCAAACUGGAGGGUAAUGAAUUGCCCAAUGUAUUGCCCGAUCAUUUAGUGCCACCAUCGAAACGUUGCUAAUUUUUAAUUGGUGUAGAAUGUUGUAGAACAACAACAACAACAAAACAAACAGUAGUAGCAACAAGAACCCAACACACAACAGAUCCUUACAAACACACCUACACACACAUACACCCAAUGUUUUCAUGUUAGUUUGUUUUAUUUUUAUUUUAUUUGUUUCUUUAAUUCUAAUUUAAAAUCAAAACUUUCUUUUAAGUCAGAAGAAGCACAAAACAAUCGCCUUUGCAUGCAUUUUAGUUUGUUUUGAAAUCUAAAAUAAAUUCUAUUAACUUUUUUUUUUGGCGAAUAUUAUUAUCAUCUAGCAUUAUGUAAUUGUGUACAUAGCACUGUAAACUAGGGCCAAGAACAUAAAAAAACCGAAAUUAUUGAAACAAUAUACAUAUUAAAGAAAUUUAUAAAAAAAAUAAAAUACA